AUGACCAGCAAUCGAGCAUUAGAGGCACAGCCAACUACAGCAGGAGUUCAAGCUAGAGUGACUGCCGAUGGGAUUGUGUUUGGUUGCCGCGUGGUGUCUCUUGCACUUGACAGCAGCACAAACAGUACAGACUUCACGAAGUCAUUUUCGGCGUGUCAAGCUGCUGUUUGCAAUGCAACCUGUCCGUACGGCAGUACCCUGCCAUCAGUGCUAGAUCUAUUAUCAGGGGCUACGAACGGAUUAGGAGUUGUGCAAGUGAAUAGACGUCCAGGCAGCUCAAGCAAUGUGAGGGUUGCACUCUAUUUCCUUGGCUCAACCUCAAGUUAUGUGCAACCAGGAGUGGCAAUUCCAACUCUGAGUCCCGAUCCAGGCUUCACAGUGACUGUAUGGAUGUUUCCACUCGUUGGCAGUCAAGGAACGAUUCUUAGCAAGACCAGAGACGGCGGGAGUACGCGAAUAUACAGUCUACGCGUCUUGACAACAGCAAUUUAUUUUGACUAUCUUCCCGUUGGUACAUCAUCGGGAUACAAAACUCUGGCACGUAGAACGUCUGCUGUCAAAAUCCUCCAGUGGAAUCACGUUGCCGUCACCAUCUACAAGAAGAACAUCGCAGUCUAUGUCAAUGGAAAGUUAGAAGCAGCGACGACACUGCAAGAGUCUAUCAGUGAUGGAACCGGCGACAUUGUGGUCGGUCAAGUCUUCCGCGGUUCUAGCACUACUACAUACCGAGGACAGAUGCAAGAGCUGUAUUUGUACACAGAAGCAAUUUCUGAGAGGAGUAUUCAGGAGAUUUAUUCUGGUCGUUUGCCACUAUUGUCAAAAUUCCAUACUUGUCGAUGUCCAUCGUCUCAUCCUCUUGUGGACACUACCAAUGAAUUGAUAUGCACCUCUCUUGCUGGUCACCCUUUCAGCAUGACGUCUCGAAUCAACUUGAAUGCUCAUCCUGUUGAAUAUGCGACUGACCCCGAUUCUCUGACGCGAUGGCAGUCUGAAGUUGGACAGCCAAGUGUUAAUCUUACAAUAGAUUUUGAAUACGGUGAAGUAGAGGUCAGGUUUAUGAUUGCUCAGUUCUACACACCACGCCCUAAAGUAAUGGUGCUUGAAAAAUCACGAGAUGGUCAAACAUUCAGUCCUCUUCAAUAUUAUGCUGAUGAUUGUCAGACAUAUUUUGGACUUCCAAAUGAUGGCCCAUUAGCAACUGCAACAGAUAUCAACUGCAUUACAACGUAUUCAAAGCAGAGUCCUUCAUCACAAGGUCAAGUAGCAUUUCGUCUUCUUGAUCCAAGUCGACCACAAGUGACUAGCUACGAUCGUUUACCAGCUCUUCAAGAUCUUGCAUAUUCAUCGUCGGUUCGCCUUAGGAUAAUCGAUUACUUUUUGAAUCAGACUUUGCCUGGACAUCUUUACUAUGGCAUAAUAGGUUUACGAGUUUUGGGUCGCUGUGAAUGUUCUGGUCAUUCAACCGAGUGUGCAGCUGAUGAUACUCAACAGAAAUGGGUGUGCACGUGUCAGCACUUCACUAGAGGACGCCAGUGUACUGAGUGUGAACCAUUGUACAAUAAUAAACCAUGGCAACGUGGAACUACUUUGAAUGCAAAUCCUUGUGUUCCCUGCCAGUGUAAUGGCCAUGCAACCAGUUGCCAUUAUAAUAGAACAUUGGAUCUUUUCCCUGACAGUCAGGCUAAAGGUGGAGGUGGCGUGUGUGAUAAUUGUAUGCACAAUACAACUGGCAUCCAUUGUGAUAAAUGCAUAGACAAGUUUUAUCGUCCAUCUGGUCGAGAGCUCAAUGCAACUGAUGUGUGUGUUCCGUGUGACUGCCACUUACCCGGUGUAGUGAAAGCUGAUCAGGUGUGCAUCAAAGAUGAUUCUGAUUCAUCUGUAACAGCUGGACAAUGUAACUGUAGACAGUUUGUGACAGGCCAACAGUGUGACUCAUGCCAGUCUGGUUAUUUCAAUCUUAACAGCAACAAUGCACAAGGAUGCGAGGAAUGUAAUUGCAAUGCUAGUGGCACAGUUAGUGGCAGCGGUGCACCAUGUGACCAAUUGAGUGGACAGUGUCAAUGCAAGAUGAAUGUGAUUGGCACGAAAUGUAAUCAGUGUCGAACUGGAACGUAUAGCUUGUCUGCAUCUAAUCCUGACGGCUGUAUUGGCUGUAAUUGCAAUGUGAAUGGAACUAUAGCUGGGUUGAUGUGUGAUAUUGAAACAGGUCAAUGCCAGUGUAAACCAGGAGUGACUGGACUGAAGUGUGAUCAGUGUCAAAUUGGGUUCUACAACAUAUCAGCAUCUGGGUGUGACCAGUGCCAGUGCAACUCAGCUGGAAUACUCUCUUCAUCUGGAGGUGCUUGUGACCAAGUGACUGGCCAAUGCGAUUGCAAGCCUAAUAUUGUUGGACUUAAGUGUGACAUGUGUGAGGCAGGAUUCUAUAUUCGGGAUCUUGCUAAGUUUGAUGGUUGCGUUUCUUGCAAUUGUAACACAAACGGCACUGUGGCUUCAUCUCCUGCAUGUUCUUCGGAUGGGUUAUGCAUGUGCAAGGCAUUUGUCACUGGGCAAAAGUGUGACUCUUGUGUUUCCUUGACAUACGGUUUAUCUGCUUCUAAUCCCCAAGGCUGCAGUCCUUGUGGUUGUUCAUCACGUGGGACUGUUGCUGGUAGUACAUGUGAUGCAGUGAGUGGAAAAUGUCAGUGCCUUCCUAGUGUGGUGGGACAGGCUUGUGAUUCAUGCUCUACUGGUUUUUAUCUGGCUCCAAAUGACCAGAGUGGCUGCCUCGCGUGUCGUUGUCACCCUCAGGGAUCACGUGGCUCAUUGUGUCAUCCACUGACUGGACAGUGUAGUUGUUUGAGUGGAGUUGGUAUUACAGGUCGAGCUUGUGAUUUGUGUGCACCUGGCUUCUUUGGAUUCUCUGGAACUAGUUGUCAGGCUUGCAAUUGUGAUGUAGCUGGUAGUUUAAGCGCCAACUGUCACCAGACCUCUGGUAAAUGCAGUUGUAAGCAAUAUGUUGAAGGAAACAAGUGUGAUCGUUGUGUUGCUGGGUUUUCUUAUCUGCAAGCUAGUAAUGCAUUAGGGUGCAGUGCACCACCUGAAGAACAAGGUCCACCUACUCUGCUUGCACUCAAUGGUUCUGCUGUCCAAUUGUCAUGGCAACAACCAGAGAAACCAAAUGGUCAAAUUAUAUUCUACAUUGGAAUAAGGAACAGCUCUGUUGUUGUUUUCAACACAACUGCGACAAAGUUUAUUGACACUUCUAUCAUUCCUAUCACAACUUAUUUAUAUCAAAUCCAAGCUCACACUAUUGUCGGAUCUACAACAAGUGCAUCUGUUACAAUUCGCACUCCAGAGGGUUCUCCAGUAGGCGUUGCUCCUCCUAGCUUGUCUGUGGUAGGACCUAGUACUAUUGUGUCUUCUUGGAGUGUGCCUGCUAUGCCAAAUGGUCAGAUUACAGGGUACAUGUUAAUUCAGGUACGUUCUGAUGGGCAAGAAGUCAAUCUGUUUCAAGGGAUUGGUUUGCACUUUACAGUCACUGGCUUGAUGGCUUUUACCCAGUAUUCUUUUAAAUUGCGAGCUUGCACAAAGGCUGGAUGCACCGACAGUUCUAUUGCAUCUGAGACAACAUUGGAAGGACGUCCAACAUUUCAGUCAGCUCCAGUUGCUCUCCAUAUCCUACCCACACAGUUGACAAUUGGCUGGGCAUUACCUUCUGAACCAAAUGGCUUACUGAUAGGAUUUAGAGUAUUCAGAAGAGAUAUUCCAUCUAGUGGAACUGAGACUCUGAUUUAUAGUACGAGUGAUAUUAAGAUGAACACAACAACUGUCUCUGGUCUUGUACCAUACACUGAAUAUGACUUUGCUAUUGAGUCAUUUACUUCUGCUGGAUCAACCAGAAGUUCUUAUACCAGGGUAAGAGCAGGACAGAUAGCUCCUCAGGGUGUAUUUAGUCCAACAGUCCUGGUUACAGGAGCAUCCACUGUUCAAAUUGUCUGGAAACAGCCUUCUGUUCCCAAUGGAGUUAUCAUUAGCUAUCGUCUCUAUCAGUUUGGAUCUCCAGAUAUCUUGCUUCAUGGUGCAGGGCGUACUGGUUCUUUUAUAGUGGCUGGACUGCUUCCAUUUACGUCAUAUUCCUUUUUUAUUGAAGUGUGUACUCAAGCUGGUUGCACUAACAGUUCUCAGACAGUGAAUUCUACGUUUGAAGCAGAACCACAAGGACAAACUUUACCUGUAGUGUCAUCAAUCAAUGCCACAUCUGUGUCACUGACUUGGCAACCACCUGAAGUGACAAAUGGGUUAAUUAGAAGCUACACCUUGGAGCGUCUUGCAGUUCCAUUUGAUGACAGCAGUGCGGUUCGGGGCAUACACUUUUUAGGCAAUGGUUAUGCAAUAAUUACUAACCCAGUAUUUUAUGGAGGAUUUGAAUCAACCAUUUCAUUCUAUUUUCGUACUCAUUAUCUUGAUGGUUUGUUGUUCUAUUCUGGUGAUUCUUUGCAACAAGAUUUUAUUGGCAUUCAGCUGUUGAAUGGUCGGCCAUAUUUCCUUUUUAACUGUGGAAGUGGAGCUGCAGUGAUUAACCUUCAGACAACAGCAACAUUUAAUGAUGGUUUAUGGCAUAAACUAGUGGCAUAUCGACGAGGCAGUAGUGGUAUGCUAACCCUUGAUGAUUUAUUAGUUGGAAGAGGAAGUUCACAAGGACCAGCAUCUGUUAUUGGAAGGAAUAGUGGUGUUCAUCUUGGAGGAGUAGCUAGCCCUUUCAGUGAUCCAUUUCCUGGUCAUACUGCUAAUUUUCCUCUUACUUCUGUCAGUUUUGCUGGAUCAUUGAGGGACUUAUAUUAUACUAAUGAUAAUAGCGGUGUUCAAGUUGAUCUGUCAAACCUGUUUUCAAGUAGUAAUGUUAUAGCUACUAGUAAAGGUUGCCCAGUUUCAACACAACCAGGGAUGCACCUCAAGGGAGGAGGCCUUGUCAAACUCAGUGCCAGCAAAGUUGCAUUCUCGUCAGUUAAUGUUGAAAUCAGCUUCAAUCUUAGAACAACUCAGCAGACAGCGUUGUUACUAUUUGGACAUGGUAAUUCUUCCUCCUUCUUCUCAUUGGAGUUGGUUGGUGGAGAACUUGUUUUCCAGUUUAAUAAUGGAGGUGGCAAAGCAAUCACUCAGACUACUUUUGGAGGCACAGGAGUUGUCUUGUGUGAUGGCAAGUGGCACACUAUACAGGUCACCAAGCAAGGAAGAAGUUGUGAGCUGUUUGUUGAUGGUUCUUCGGUGUCUUCAUCUAAUGCCCCAGGAUCUCAUCAAGUUCUGGAAAUUACAUCAGACAUAUAUGUAGGUGGUGUGAAUUCAGGAAGUGCUGCCUAUGAUGCAGCUCUCAUGUUUGGUGUUGAAGUUACAUCAUAUGCUGGCUGCUUGAGGAACAUGACUAUUGCUGGUCGGAGGGUUAGUAUCACUGCAGACAUUGCAGAGUUCUCAUUGGUCAGUUUGGCUGGCUGUCCUGAUACUGCUGUCACUUCUGUGUCAUGUACUGGUGGUAUGCCAACAACUGUAUUCUUAGGAAACAAGACAGUGGCAGUAGAUUCGACAAUCAAACCAUUUACAGAAUAUCUUUAUCGAGUGGCAUCAUCUAAUCGUGGUGGUUCAUCUUAUAGUAAAUGGAUUUCUGUUAGGUCAAAGGAAGCUGCAGCAACUGGAAUACCUCAGCCAAUCUUGUCAUAUAAUGGUGGUAGUAGUGUUCAAGUUGGGUGGUCUUAUCCAUCUCCUUCCAAUGGAAUACUUACCCAGUAUCGUCUGUUGUUGUAUCCAUACAAUCCUCAAUCACAGGACGGUAGUCCAACUGUUGCAGCACCAAUUGAAAUAGUCAUAAACGACGUAUUUGCUGUAUCACAUGUUGUGACAGGCUUGGCACCUUACACCCAAUACCAUGUUGUUUUGGAAGCUUUCAAUUCGGCUGGGGCUGCAAGUGGCCCUGCAGCAACUGUAUUAACUGGUGAAGCUGUUCCUGCAGGUGUUCAACCUGUAUCAGUGGUAUCACAAUCUCGGUCUCUAAAUUUCACGUGGAAUGAACCAGCUAAACCCAAUGGAAUUAUACUUUAUUACACAUUGCUUGUGAAUGGUCAUGUCUUGUUCAAUGGCAGCAUACGUCAUUACUUGCUUACUAGCCUGACCCCAUUUACUGACUACUCUGCACAGUUGUCUGCUUGCAACUCGGCUGGUUGUGGAUUUGGUGCACUACAGACAGUUUCAACUGCUGAAGCUCCACCUGAAGGUGUACCAGCAGCUAAUCUUGUUGUGCAAGGAGCACAAACUGUGUUUGCAACUUGGGAUGAGCCAACAACUAAGAAUGGUAUCAUAGUGUUGUAUGAACUUCAUAUUGUUAUAAGCCCCCUUUCCUUGCAGUUGGUGUACAAUGGAACAGCACGUCAAGCUACCAUCACCAACUUGAUAGCAGGUACAGCCUAUUCAUUUCGAGUGAAGGCCUUCACAAGUGCAGGCGGUACCCUAGGGCUUUCUAGCUCUGUGAGGACAUUGGAUGAUGUGCCAGAGGGAGUCACUCAACCUCAAACAACAUUGAUAAAUGCAACUGCAGUAAUGGUCAAAUGGCAAAAUCCACAAAAGCCAAACGGUGAUAUUACAGAAUACGUUUUACUGGAAGAUGAGAACGAGAUUUUUAGAGGUCUGUCAUUUACGUAUGUCUCUACUGCAUUGUCACCAUACACCAUAUAUGAAUAUAAGAUACAGGCUUGUACAACAAUAGGUUGUGGUACCAGUGCACCCACAUCGGUUAGAACACUUGAAGCUACACCAGAAGGUCAACCUACACCACUUAUUCAACUUGUUACUUCAACAUUGGUUCAAAUUGUAUUGGGUGAACCGAAGAGACCCAACGGAGUCAUUCUAUACAGGCUCUUUGUGUCAGGGGAGGUCAGUGUGUCCCUCAAUCGAACUGUCACAGAAUUGAGGACAUUUGUAGUACAUGUUGGCAACUCAGGAGUGCAGCCUGUUUUUGUUUCAAACUUGCUUCCUUAUUCUAACUACACAUUCUUUGUGGAGGUUGCUAACACUGGUGGAUCCAUAAACAGCUCAACUGUUAUCGUACAAACGCUGCCAGAUGCACCUUAUGCCGUUUCUACUCCGAUGGCUGAGGCUGUCAAUGCAACAUCAAUUCGGGUGACUUGGUUGGAACCUGGGCGUGUGAAUGGAGAACUGUUGUAUUACUUUGUUGUGUUGUUUGAGCUGGGGACUACUUCACAAACUUCUAUGAGCAUAAAUACGGGUCUGGCUACUGAGGCCUUGGUUUCCAAUUUGAAACCUUUCACUGUCUAUAAUAUUACCGUCAAUGUGACAACAAAUGGUGGAUCAACAGUCAGUGCUGCUACUAUUGCAAGAACGAACGAAGCAGCUCCUCUUGGAUUGGAUCGACCAACUGUAGUAGAAGUGCGCUCAACCAGUUUACUACUGGAUUGGGAUAUGCCUUCAUCUCCGAAUGGAAUUAUUAUCCAACAUCAUGUGCUUAUCAAUGGCACGCGAAAGAUCUCUCUUACUGGCAAUCAAUCCAGUGGGAACGUUACUGGCCUAUUGCCCUUUACAGUGUACUUAGUGGAGGUGGAGACUUGUAAUUCAGUUGGCUGUGUUCGAAGCGAUCCUGUCACCGUUAGGACUGCAGAAGCAGCUCCGGCAGGUGUCUCUGCUCCUAUCCUGACCUCACUUUCUGGUCGAUCUGUCGUUGUACGGUGGAAUCCGCCCAGUUAUCCAAACGGCUUAAUUCUGUUCUAUCACAUCGAACGCUUAUUAUACAACUCUAGUUCUGUUCCAGUGAGCGUAACUAGAUUAGACGCAGGCAACUUGAUUUCACUCCAGUACCUCGACGACUCUAGAGAUCUGAACCCGUUCACAUCCUAUUCUUAUAGGAUUCUGGCAGAAAACUCAGCAGGGAUGACGCCAAGCCCAUACAGCAAUGUGACAACUCGUGAAGCCGCACCUGCCGGUGUCACUCCUCCCACGGUGAGACCUCGAAGCUCGUCGGCUUUGGAUGUGACUUGGAACGUCCCGCUUCAACCCAACGGUAUCAUCACUCUCUAUGAACUGAAGAGGAUCCAAGCAGGCAGCGCUCAGAUCGACCGACGCCAGUACCAGAGCAAUAGGUUUGGUACAACUGCCACAGGCCUUCAACCGUUUACCAACUACACGUUUACUCUGACUGCCUGCACGGCUGCCGGCUGUACAGAGAGCAACAGCGUGUCUCAGACUACAAAUGAAGCUCUUGCUACCGGACUCGUUGCCCCCAUUGUCUCUUCGUUGAAUCCUGAAUCACCAACUCGUCUGUUCGUCUUCUGGAGUGCCCCUGCAGAACCAAAUGGCGUCUUGCUUCGCUAUGAGCUGCACAGAAAGAAUGUUAAUCUGUCUACAAACGGGAGUAACUCCGCGUUUGAGCAAGUCGUCCUCACCAAUCCGACGGUAACGAGCAUAAUAGACAGUGGGCUGAAGGUGUAUUCUCUCUAUCAGUAUCGAGUGACAUUUGUUAAUGGUGCUGGUUCAACUCAGAGUUCCUCUUCAGCUAUUCAACGCACUGGACCGGACACUCCAUUAGCUGGUCCAACAGUGAUGACGACAGUAGUCAACCACACGACUGUUCUUGUUCAGUGGACCCCUCCAGUUCUCGACAUUUUACGGGGACCUGUUAUAAAGUAUGAGCUGUUUGUGAAGGCCUCUGGAUCAGAUGCAAACGAGACUCUAGUGUCUAGUGAUCAGAGUGAACGUCGUUUUGUUACUGACCUCAUGCCCAACACGGAUUAUGAGUUUAUUGUGAGACUGGACAACGGAGUCGGAACUGCUACAAGCAACAUUGCCACCGCCCGAACCCUAGACGGACGUCCUGAAGGAGUGCGUCCGCCAUUAGUACAGACACUCAGCUCAAUGUCCGUUGAGAUCAGAUGGACAGAGCCGUCCAUGCCCAAUGGUCGCAUUCUGCUCUACGUAAUCUACAGAGACGGAGUAGAAAUUCACAACUCAAGCUUGCCGUCUACUUUCAUUGCGACCAAUCUGAAGCCAGCUACUAGUUAUGGAUUUACGUUGAGAGUUUGUACUGUCUUUGACUGCGUUACAAGUGAUAGUGCCACAGCUACAACAAGUGAGGAUCUACCUUUAGGUCUUGCAGCGCCAAUCGUUACUGUGCUAGGGGCACGAUCAGUCAAUGUGUCAUGGAGUCCGCCAAGCCAAUCCAAUGGUCAGAUCAUUAACUAUUUUGUUUACAGACGACAGUACGAGCAAUGCAUAGAGCCAACUGAGGACCCGACAGCGACCCCAACGAGAGAGCAAUGUACGUACAUUGAGUGUUCACUGUUGACACAAAGCCACUGUGGUACUGGUUGUUAUGACCCGUCGAAUGAGGUCUGUUGUGAUGGAACUGUCCAUGACAGUCGAGUAGGGUUUGCUUGUUGUGGAUCUAACUACACACAGCGCUCCAACUCGUUGGACGUUUGUUGCGGUGGAAUUUUUCAUUCCAGACAAACAGGAUUUGGCUGUUGUGGUAUGAACUAUGUGAGUAUGCCAUCGGGAAUGAUCUGUUGUGACGGGGUGGUGGGUACAGGUGACGGGUGUUGUGGCACCUCGGCAUUUGACACUUCGACACAGGUGUGUUGUGGUGGAGUGUUGAGGACGGCUCAUGUUAACGUGAAGUGUUGUAGAAACAACAUAGUAUUGAAGUCGAAAGUGUGUUGUGGUGGGACGGCAUAUGACUUUGAUGAGAAUCGGGUCUGUUGUGGAUCUCAGUAUGUUGUCAAUUCGACAUCAUUGUGCUGUGUGUCAACAACAGGAGCUGCAAGAUCGUACUCUUAUCGAAGUGCAGCUGCCAAAUUGUCAUCUGCUGAAGUGUGUUGUGGCACUGUAAAGAUCAUUGCUGGCUCUGGCUGUUGCAAUGAAGUCGGUUAUGAUCUUGUGACUCAAGUUUGUGCCGAUCGAUCGACUGCUCCCGGCAGUUCUCGAAUGUGUGGCUCUGGCAUGGUGUGCCCGUUCGGUCAGACUGAUGGUGCAUACUGUGACCGAUGCGACUUUGAUUUGAAUGCGCUGUCUUGUGGUGUCAUUGACGGGAAGCAUGUACUCAAAACUAUGAACGUAUCUUCGACAGUCGCUCCGACGCCUGUCGCUCCUCAACUCUGUCUUGGUGUGUUGGAAUUUGUCGCCAACGUUCAGGGAGUGUCACAUGUAGACAACAACGUCAGUCCGUACACACGUUAUGAUUUUCACAUCAUUGCAUUUAACAGUAUCGGAAAUGUAAGCAGCCCAGUUACUACGCGUACUACCGAUCAAGCUGCACCGAACGGUUUGUCUGCACUUGUUCUGACCGCUUCCACAUCGUCUUCUAUCAGCAUAACAUGGACAGUGCCAUUGAAACCAAAUGGAGUGAUUAGUAGUUACACAUUAUUUAGAAAUGGACAGAAAAUACAGCAAUCAUUCGAUUUCUCAUUUAGUGAUUCGAAUCUUCAGCCUUACACUUCAUACACUUAUUUGCUGGAAGUCUGCACGGCAGGAGGAUGCACCAACAGCUCUUCAGCGAGCGCUCUGACUUUAGAAGACAAACCGGCAGCUGUGGAUUUCCUUGUGGCUGAUGUAGUCUCGUCCACUAUUAUUCUCGUUCGUUGGAGAGCACCAGUUCCUGCGAACGGUAUCAUAAUAGAAUACCGUCUUUAUCAAGAUGCACCAUCUGUUCCUGUCUUGUCUGGUUUGGACACAAGCUACAACGCAACCGGCCUGUCUCCUUACACAACACACAUGUUUGUUGUGGAAGCGUGUACAAGCGUUGGUUGCACUCGGAGCGCUUCCAUAUCUUCGAGAACACUGGAAGCCGCUCCAGAGGGAGUGAAGGCUCCACGUGUAACGGCACUCUCUCCUACUUCCAUCGACAUUCAGUGGGACAUUCCAAGUUCACCAAACGGACGCAUUCUACAAUACUCGUUGCUGAGGAACGAAAUCAUCAUAUUCAACGGAACGGAUCGGAGUGUGACGGACAGAAAUCGAACUCCCAACACGGCAUACAGUUAUCGCAUUCGCGUCACUACCGGUGGUGGUUCUACCAUUGGUCCCGCCUCGACGGUCACAACACCAGAGGAUGUCCCGGAUGGACUUGCAAUCCGACGCCUGACUGCACUCAAUUCGACGGCCAUCGAAGCUCAAUGGACAGCCCCAACGCAGCCAAACGGUGUCAUCAUUAGGUACGUCCUCUACGUCGACGGUUCGGCCAUACAAGCCGCUCUACAAACGACAUUGAUUGCCGAUGGCUUUCAACCUUUCACAACACACGAAUUCCAAGUGGAAGCGUGUAAUGGCAAGGGAUGUGCAAGAAGUCAGCGCACGUCAGCGAGAACAUUACAAGCAGCUCCAGAAAACAUGUCUCCUCCUACCGUCAUUGCGUUAGGACCGACUGUAGUUCAAGUGUCGUGGUCGCCACCCGGCAAGCCAAACGGAAUCAUCACUCGCUACGAAGUGUAUCGUCAAGCUGCCGGUUCGGGGGCACCGGAACUGAUAGUGUGCGCUAGCAACAACGUCUCGGUGUUGACAUGCAGCAAUAGCGACUCGCAGUUGCGUCCGUUCAGUGCCUACCGGUAUCGAGUGCGCGCCGACAACGACGCCGGCAACGUCUACAGUGCAUACUCUCUCGUUACGACUCUCGAAGCGUCUCCCGCCGGACUCGCCGCGCCCGUCGUCGUCGUCGUCGGCGCGUCGGAAGUGAACGCGACGUGGACACCGCCGUCGAGUCCCAACGGCGUGAUCUUGUUCUACGUGCUGCGAUAUCGUCUCUUUCUUCUCGACGUCCAAGAUAGCGUUCCCACCGUCGCGGCUAACGUCUCCGCCGAUACAUUGCGGCACGUCGUGUCGGGACUGGAAGCGAGUACGGACUACGAGCUGCAGGUCGUCGCUUAUAACGGAGCGGGAGCUGUCGAGAGUGCGUGGCAGUUGGCGACGACGAGAGAAGGCUGUCCGGAACAGUUACAGCCCAUUACAGCAAAUGCGGACCCGAGCGGCACCGCAUUAUUUCUCACCUGGAACGCGCCGCUUAAGCCAAACGGUGGGAUCACGGUGUAUCGGAUCCAUGCCGAUGCUGUGUACACGGUCAGUUCGAGAAUGUUCGACUUUCGACGUCUGACUCCCUUUACGGGGUAUCGCUUUCAAUUAGAAGCGUGUACGACGGCCUGCUGCGCUCGCGGAGAGAACCAAACGAUAACGACAGCCGAAGUGACGCCGACCGGUCAGUCUGCUCCUCGACUCGUCGCAAGCACGUCUUCCCGCGUUUCUGUUCAAUGGUUGCCUCCCGGCUUGCCAAAUGGAAUAAUCAUUCGAUACUCGGUCUACAGACGUCAACCGCCGGCGACUCCGGGCAGUCCACCUUUGGGCAGUCCAACAGUCGUGUUUGUUCUGAACGUGACGAAUGCGUCUCUCGCUUUGUCGUACGUCGACGCCGGUCUGAUGCCGUUCACUACUUACCAAUACAGCGUGAUGGCCGAGAACAGUGUCGGUGGCGUGCAGAGUGCGUACGUCGACGUGAGAACGCUGCAGGCGUCUCCUCAAGGAGUCGCGCCUCCUCUCGUCGUCUCUCGCUCUGCCACGUCGAUUUCCCUGUCCUGGCGGAGACCGACGACGCCGAAUGGAAUAAUCGGUCGGUACGACAUUUUACGAAAUAACAGCGUUAUAUUGAGCACCGUAGACACGGUGUUCAACGACACGGUGUUGCUGCCGUUUACCGUCUACUCCUACUCUAUUGCUGCUUGUAGUGCCGGAGGCUGCACGCAGUCGAGCUCGUCGAUUGCCGUCACGCGGGAGGCGGCGCCGACUGUUGUACUGCCGCCGUCUCUGUAUACCGUCAACUCGUCGGCAAUCUACGUCAAUUGGAGCUAUCCGCUGCAAGCGAACGGUAUCGUGACGGAGUUUCUCAUCGAGUACACGAGCGCUGCACGACAGUCGGUCGGGUUGGAAACGGAUUUCCUCGCGACAAAUCUUGCUCCGUUUUCUCUCUAUGCGUUCCGUCUGACUGCGUGUACGGGCGGCGGAUGUACAACGAGCUCUCAAGCGAUUGCUCGUUCGGGCGCGGCUGCUCCACAAGGUCUCGCGCCUCCGACGUUGAAUGUGGUGGGAUCCGAGAGUAUCGAAGCGGUCUGGAGCGCACCCGCUGUACCCAACGGCGUUAUCAGUACGUACCGUCUCUUGAGAAAUGGCAGCGUCGUCUACAUCGGGAAAGACGUCCGAUUUCGCGACAGCGGACUGCGGCCGGGCGCGACGUACGUCUACAGUGUGCAAGCGACGACCAUCGGCGGAGGCACGGCGGAGAGCUCAACGAGCGUUGCGGCGACGAAUCCAGACGCUCCCGGCGGAUUACUGGCGCCUAACGUCGUGCCAAUCGGUUCGACUAACGUGACGGUCACGUGGUUGCCGCCCGCCAGCCCUAACGGCAUCGUCGUCAGUUAUCACGUCGUCGUCGACGUCGCUGUCACGCUGAAUGCCUCUCUGCAGUCGUUUCGUCUCACCGUGAGCGGAUUGGCUUUCUUCUCUCUCCAUUCGUUUCGUAUACGCGCUUGCACGGCUCGCGGGUGUAGCGUCAGCGACGCGACGGUCGCUCGUACACUGGAAGCCCCCCCGCGGGGGCAGAAAUCGCCGUCGCUCGUCGCUGCGGAUCGUAACGUGUCGCUCAGUUGGACCGCUCCGGACAUGCCCAACGGUAUCAUCGUGUUGUACGAAGUGCAUCGAAGGCCGGCGGAUUCCGGAAACAAAUGGAAACUGAUUUAUAACGGAACGGAUACGUUUUAUGUGGAUAGUGACCCUGUGUUGGUUCCCUAUACACGAUACGAGUAUCGCAUCACCGCAUACAACGGUGUCGGUUCGACGUCCAGCUUUGCGACGCCCGUCAGACUCGAAGAGAGCCAACCCGAAUCGAUUCCGGUUCCGCUCGUGUACGACGUCGCUUCGUAUAGUUUUCGAGUGAGCGUGCAGAAACCGUUGCUACCGAACGGUGUCGUUAUUGUCUACCACGUUGUUAUCAAUGGGACCGUUGUGAGCAGCGAUGUUCAGAGAAAUUUUACCGUGUCGCAGCUGCGUCCGUUCACCAUGCUUCAAGUGCGUUCUCAAGCGUGUACGUUGGCUGGUUGUGGAUCUAGCGACCCUGUUUACGUGCGAACUGGAGAAGCACCACCGCAAGGUUUAGAUCCUCCUACGUCUAUACAAACCAACAGCCGAGUCGUCGUUCUCAGUUGGACGGACCCCGACGAGCCUAACGGUAUUAUCACCGGUUAUAUCGUGCUGCGACGUACAGCGUGUCCACAACCCGCACAACCGUUCUUGAACGAGUCUAGUUGCGUGUUGGGUCAGGUGGAGGAAGUAUUCAGGUCGAGACGCAAGAGAGCGAUCGACAAUGACAAUAUCACGCAAACCAUAUCCAAUCUGAGGCCUUAUACUAGCUACCAGUUUCUCGUCCGCGGUCAAAACUCGGCCGGAACGACGUCGUCGUCUUGGUCUGAUGUGAUCACUACAGGCGUCGAGGAUCCCGAGACGAGUGGAGUUGAUAUCUCGGUGUCGAGUGAUGAUGUGGAGGUGAGCAUCGACUGGUCUCUCGCAUUCUACUACAACGAUAGGGUCGAAAGAUUUAUCGUAUACGAAGACAACGUGAUCGUAUUCGAGGGUUUCACUUCGACUCGUAUCGUCCGAACGGGACGCACCAUCGGACAGAUCUACAGUUAUCACGUCAGUGUACAGAGUAUUACAGGCGGUACAGCUGUAUCUCGUCGUAUAACGCACGUUUUCGGACUCUCGACCCGACGACCGCAGCUCACAACCAGUUCUCCGGGAGUCAAACCAUCACAAGACAAUACAAUACGGAUAGCAACUCAAUUACCCCAAAAGGAUGAAACUCCUAUCUAUAAGUCUGCAGGCUUCAUAGUGGGAAUUGCCGUCAGUGUGAUAUUAAUUGUCUUUAUCGUCGGGGCUAUUAUCAUGAGGCGCUCGACGCCAGCUCAAGUGGAAGAGAGAAGUGGAAGACGAUACAAGAUGUCACAAAUACCAUAUCAAGAUCCUGCCAUGUGGUCAAGACCAUCUCCAUCAAGAAGAAGAGGUUUGUCUCCUGCUACCAGUGAGCGAGCUCUGUUAGAAGCGGACAUCCCUAUGGCUUGGGAUACGGGAGUGUUACCUUCUGAAUCUAUGGAAGAUCACAAGGGAUUGAUGGUUGAUCCUGGGUCAGUCUAUUAUAAGGAUGCGUUUAUUGGCGGCGAACACACAACAUUCAAAGACACGCAUCUGUAAUACGUAGACGCAUGGGUCGUAUAGAGACACGCGCGCUGUUUGUAUAAAUUCGUACUCGUCGAAGUGUUAUCGAAGUGUUAGAAUGAGUCUGUACUUUAAUUAAGUACUACGCUUUUUGUAUGAUGAGAUGUAAUAUGUGACCGACCACAAGUGACCGGUAUCGAUCGCGCGGUACCGGGUGCUCA